UUGAAAGAGAGGAGGAGGAGGAGGAGGAUGAGGAUUUGAAAGAGGGGGGCAACACAAACAAGAGAGCUGUGACUGAUUGUGUGUGUGUAGUGGAGGAGAACAUAUUUUACAGCGCAGGACCGCGCCGUAUGUCGCUUGGAACUGGAAACAUUUAUUGCCUGGGUGGACUGUUAGCAUCUUCUGAUGCUGUCCGCGGACCAUGAGAGAAGCGCUGACAAUGAGAUUCGCAUGGAAAGCUAAAAUGCUCAUUAUGGCUCUCCCACAGAGCUCUGUGCAAGACCGGGGGGAGGAAGUGGAGGAGGGGGCCAUAUACAACGUGACACUGAAGAGGGUCCAGAUCCAGCAGGCUGCCAACAAGGGAGCAAGAUGGCUGGGGGUGGAGGGAGACCGGCUGCCUCCCGGCCACACUGUGAGCCAGCUGGAAACCUGUAAGAUCCGGAGUAUCCGGGCGGGAACACUGGAGCGUCUGGUGGAGACCCUGCUGAUUGCGUUUGGGGACAAUGACCUCACCUACACCAGCAUAUUCCUGUCCACAUACCGCGCCUUCACCAGCACGCACACCGUGCUGCAGUUGCUGCUAGACAAGUAUGGAAUCCCAGAGGAUAGAGGACAGACUGAGCGAUGUAGACCCUUUGAAACCAAAGGAGCCAUUCGAACUGCCCUGGCCUCCAUCCUGCGAGUCUGGCUGGACCAGUGUCCAGAGGACUUCCAGGAGCCUCCAUCCUACCCCUGCCUCCAGAGGGUGAUGACCUACCUACAGAGGACCCUGCCUGGAUCAGAGCCCAUGCGUAGAGCCCAGAGUCUACUGGAGCAGCUGAAGGCCGAGGCCAGUCUGGAUCUAGACUCAGAGGGUUUCUCUGGUGGUUUCCACAGCAACAGCUCCUUCUGCUUGGGUGAGGAUGAGGGAGUUGAGAAUGGGGUCCAGGAAGACUUCCUGUCAUUUGAUGCAGACUUGGUGGCCGACCAGCUGACCUAUAUGGAUGCGUUGUUGUUCAAGAAGGUGGUUCCUCACCACUGCCUGGGCUCCAUCUGGUCCCAGAGGGAUAAGAAACAGAACAAGCACAGUGCUCCCACCAUCCGUGCCACCAUCACCCAGUUCAACGCUGUGGCAGCGUGUGUGGUGAGCACCAUACUGCACCGACGCCAGAUCCGCCCACACCUCAGGGCACGGGUCAUCCAGCGCUGGAUAGACAUCGCUCAGGAGUGUCGCAUGCGUAAGAACUUCUCCUCACUGCGCGCCAUCGUGUCUGCCCUGCAGUCCAACCCACUCUACAGACUGAAGAGGUCCUGGUCUUGUGUACACAAAGACAGCAUGUCUACGUUUGAAGAGCUAUCAGACAUCUUCUCAGAUCACAACAACUACCUGACCAGCCGAGAGCUACUGAUGAGGGAGGGCACCUCUAAAUUUGCCAAUCUGGAAGGCUGUGCUAAGGAGCACCAGAAACGCACUCACAAACGACUCCAGCUGCAGAAGGAAAUGGGUGCCAUGCAGGGGACGAUACCUUACCUGGGCACAUUCCUGACAGACCUGACCAUGCUAGAUACUGCACUGCCAGACCUAGUUGAGGGGGGGCUAAUCAACUUUGAGAAGAGGCGAAGGGAGUUUGAAGUGAUGGCUCAGAUCAAGCUGCUGCAGUCUGCGUGUAACAGCUACUGUCUUAGUGCUGAUGCUACCUUCCUGCGCUGGUUCAAGAACCAGCCCCAACACAGCGAUGAGGAGAGCCAUGCUAUGUCUUGUGACAUUGAAGGAGUGGGAGACAGCAGUCCAACCUUACCCAAACCUCGCAAGAGCAUGGUUAAGAGACUCAGCCUACUGUUCCAGGGAGUGGACUCCUCAGUGAGGGAAACACCUCGGUCGCCCCCUACUGGCAGCUCAGGGGAGAGCAUGGACUCAGUCAGUGUGUCGUCCAGUGACUCCAGCCCUUCAGACAGCGAGGGCCUGGGCAUGACACCUAUACACACUUCAGAUGCACAGCAAAACAAGUUGUCCGAGUCUUCCUCCUGCACUUCUCUCCACUCCAUGGACACUACCUUGUCCUCAGCCAGUGUUCCUGUGAUCCCAGCCUCGCCCUCCCUCCCUAGCCCACCCUGCAUGCACUGUCGCUUGGACUCCCUGAUGCCCAUGUCCACCUCCCCCUUCCCCCCUGCCUACAACACCCAGGCCCAGGACGCCUGCAUCAUCAGAGUCAGCCUGGAGCAGGGCAACGGCAACCUCUACAAGAGCAUCAUGUUGACGAGUCAGGAUAAGACUCCAGCAGUGAUCUCUAGAGCUGUGGCCAAACACAUCCUGGAGAGUGAGCCUGGGGAGGGAUACGAGCUGGUGCAGGUCAUCUCUGACGAAAGAGAACUGGUGAUUCCUGACACCGCCAAUGUGUUUUACGCCAUGAACACCUCAGCCAACUUUGACUUCCUGCUGCGUGUGCGAGGCACUGCGGGGCGACCGGUCCAGCUGAGGAGUCGAUGCGCCUCCACAUUCCCCCGUGCCCAGCAGCGCUCCAGCCUGUCGCUGCGCCUCAGCAAGGUCACCCUGUGACCCCCGGGACAGGGGCACGAGGCCUGGAGGGACCCAUUUUAUUUUUUACAUUUUUUAUCCAGAGCGACUUAGAGUAGUGAGUGCAUACAUUUUCGGACCCCAGACUGGAGGGGCUGGGAGUGGCGGUGGGAGACUGAAAAGGACCAGACAUGGGGAAUGAAUGGAAGUCAAUUAGUUUACACUCUGAAUUCCCUAUUCCCACAUCUCCUUUCCCUAAUCAGACCCCCACCUCUUAGUGCAACCUCGCCCAGCAUCCCUUCCAGUAGCAGCCUGUGGCCUUCCUGUUCCUGGCACGUCCCCCAAACCCCUAUGGACUAUUAUGGAUGUGUAGUGGGACAGUGGUGCCAUAUAGAAUAUAUGUGGCAGAGCAAGACCGUCUUACCCCCCCCCCCCCUCCACAUGAAGAGGUUUUGCACAGGCAGGAAGAGUGACUCCUGCCCUCCAUCAGUAUUCAUCUUUUUUAUCGACUUUCCUGUGGAGCCUGUAUGUAUGUUUCCUAUUCAAAGGGAGAUGGGAGCCUGGAAGGAGAGCGAGACUAUGUCCAGUCCAGUUGCCUUUAUUAACGGUGAUGAAUGAUGGACUUCUGUGUCAUUGUUAAUCUGUGUGAUUGAUUGACAGGAGCUGUGUGAUGUCAUUGUCUUUCUUCUUUGUUUCUGUGAUUUCAUAGUGUGCACUGUGUGUACCACACGGGACUGCACCUCUCGUAUUGUGAACUGUGUGAUGAAUGCCAGUAUAGAGGCAUUCUGAUAGGUUACUACUUGGUUUUAACAAGUUAUUUCCUUUUGAUAUUGUUUAGCUGUCCCCUCUCACCUUUAGGGUGUAGUGACACAUAGGAUAGGUCUAUGUGAGGACCGGAUUGCGCUGCCUGCCACGACGAUUAGCAGUCCUAAUAGAGAUGCACUUGUUAGUGGUUAGGUGACGUCAGGAGGUGGAAAGCAGGUGGAAUGAGUGACAUUUACAUUUUAGUCAUUUAGCAGACGCUCUUAUCCAGAGCAAUUUACAGUUAGUGCAUUCAUCUUAAGAUAGCUAGGUGGGACAACCACAUAUUUCAGUCAUAGUAAAUACAUUUUUCCUGAAUAAAGUAGCUAUCAGCAAAGGCAGUGCUAGUAGGGGGGGAAAGUGUGAGUGUUAGUUCACGAAA